AUGACGCAGUUAGGUGGAACACGAGCAAGGGUGGAAAGGGAUGGUUGUGGUACGUUGAAAGGGACGCGACGCGUGCAUGGACUGAGCUGGGACGUAGGACAUGGGACGGGAAAUGGUGGGACGCGUGACAAACUGGGCAGGGAUGCAGUACAUGUUGCGGGUGGAGGCAACAAUCGAUGGCAACAACGGUCGAAGCACCGGUCAUUGUGCGUGACCGUUGUUAGGGAGGGUGGGAUGCGGCUCCAUGUGUGA